AUUCAUACAUACUUAAUCUCUCCUUCUUCUCUCUAAUUCCCCUUUCAUACUUAAUAUCCCAUUCUUCUCCCACCAAUCUUAAGUACUCACACUUUCUGUUUCCAUGGCCAAAUCCUUAAAUCUUCUACUCUGCCUCUUUGUUCUCAUCUGCAUCAUCGCUGAAUCCGCCUUGGCUCAGACAUGUUCCAACUACAAAUUCUCAAGUAACCGUCUCUUUAAGUCUUGCAACGACCUCUCUGUUCUUGAUUCCUUCCUCCACUACACUUAUGAUUCUUCUUCCGGCAAUCUCCAAAUCGCUUAUCGCCACACGAAACUCACUACCGGGAAAUGGGUGGCAUGGGCCGUGAAUCCCACGUCCACAGGCAUGGUCGGAGCUCAAGCCUUUGUGGCUUAUCCACAAUCAGACGGUACCGUUAGGGCUUACACGUCACCCAUCAGCAGCUACCAAAUGAGUCUCCAAGAAGCUGAGCUGAGUUUCAACGUCUCAGAGUUGUCUGCCACUUACCAAAACAACGAGAUGGUCAUCUUCGCAACUCUGAAUCUUCCACUUGCAAACGGUGGGAUCAUUAACACUGUGUGGCAAGAUGGGUCUCUUUCAGGGAACAAUCCUCUGCCUCAUCCAACUUCUGGCAACAACGUUCGGUCUGUUUCUACGAUGAAUCUUGUAUCCGGUGCAUUAGGAUCCACCUCCACCUCUACCGGAGGAGGAGGAGGAGAUUCUAAGCUACGCAAACGCAACAUACAUGGCAUAUUGAACGGAGUGAGCUGGGGGAUAAUGAUGCCAAUAGGGGCAAUCAUUGCUCGCUACUUGAAAGUCUCCAAAUCAGCAGAUCCUGCUUGGUUCUACCUUCAUGUUUUCUGCCAGUCUUCUGCUUACAUCAUUGGUGUUGCUGGUUGGGCCACCGGUCUCAAACUGGGCAGUGAAUCAGCCGGGAUUCAGUUUACCACUCACCGUGUUGUUGGAAUCGCUCUCUUCUGCCUCGCAACGAUUCAGGUGUUCGCUAUGUUUCUGAGACCUAAACCAGAGCACAAGUACAGAGUCUACUGGAACAUUUACCAUCAUACCAUAGGCUAUACCGUGGUCAUCCUUGCAGUGGUGAAUGUUUUCAAAGGACUAGACAUCUUGAGCCCUAGGAAGCAGUGGAGAAACACUUACACCGGUAUAAUCGUAGUACUGGGCAUAGCCGCGGCCGUGCUCGAAGCGUUUACUUGGUAUGUAGUCAUAAAGAGAGGGAAAACAGAGGAAUCUGCCAAAAUGGGUCAGCGAGAAGGCAACGAUGGUCGGGUCUCUAUACGCUUUGCUUUUGCGUAAAAGAUUAGAGAGUGAAAAUUUAUGGUUAAUUUUUGGUUUGCUUUUUGGGUUAUUACAUACAGUAUAUUUGCUAGAUUAAAUUAAAAUACAUUUGAUGUUUAAUAGUUGUUGAAGUCCUUUGAAGCAUUUGACAGUUGUGCUCUUUUACAAUAUUCACGAUGUGUACAUGUGACCUCAUCCGAGUUUGACAAAGCCU